UUUCGAAACCGACACAGGAGUACCAACACAAGUCAAUAUCACAUAACCUAAACACCAUAAAAGUAUACAUUGUGCAGUAAUUACAAGCCGAAUUUCGUAAAACCGGCUUCAAGACCACGUUUUUUUGCAAUAGCGACUUACUUUGGCCCAUUUAAGCACCCACUCUACCUCGUACAUAACCUCAAACAUGUCUACGUUUUUUGUAACCACAGCGAUUAAUUCGGCUUUACGGUCCAGCGCGACGUUAUUUAGCACCAGGGCGGCCACACUUACCCGUUUAAACAAAUGCAAAAUAAACAUUCGGAGCUUUAGCGACAGCCAGCGCCCCAAACUAGGCAAAAAGGAGGGGGGCAAAGGCAUAGGGCCCAUUUCGUGGCGCAAUCUAGCCAUUACGGGAGUACUAGGCAGCGGCUUGCUCGCCUUUAUGUACUAUAUAAAAAAAGAAAAAGAAGAAGCGAUGAUGAGGGAGCGGCAGCGGAUGUUAGGUAAAGCCAAAAUCGGUGGCUACUUUGAGUUAGUCGAUUCCAAACGCACCCCCCGCAAAAGCGACGAAUUUUUGGGGAAGUGGUUGUUGAUUUAUUUUGGGUUUACCCACUGCCCGGAUAUUUGUCCAGAUGAGCUUGAAAAAAUGGCCGCCGUGAUUGACGAGUUAGAUUCCAGCAAGGAUACGCCUCAAGUGCAGCCAUUAUUUAUUUCCGUUGAUCCGCAGAGAGACACGCCUGAAGUAGUUGGAAAGUACUGUGCGGAGUUCACGCCGAGACUCCUAGGUCUGACGGGAACGGUUGAGCAAGUCGCUAGGGCCUGUAAAGCAUACAGGGUGUAUUUUAGUGCAGGACCUAAAGAUAAAGAUAGUGAUUACAUAGUUGACCACACGAUUAUUAUGUACUUGGUGGACCCUGAUGGCAAAUUCGUGGAUUACUACGGCCAGAAUAAGAGCGCUUCGGAAAUCGUGACGUCCGUGAAAGUAAAUAUGAUGAAGUAUGCCCAGAUGAAUGCCAGCAGUUGGUUUUAAUUCCGUGGGGGAUUUCCUUCAAUUUUGUACAUUUUUUUAUAGUCUCAAUUACAUAGAUUUUGGAUAAA